AUGGAUUUACAUGAUGCGCAAAAUUGGCUGAGCGAAGUGUUGGACACGAUAUCAGUCCAUUUCCAAAAGCUGCCGGGUUCUGCAAUCUUCCUACGCUAUGUCAAAUCAAGCUAUCAAGACGACCCUGUCCGCUCCGCUGUUGAAUUGAUUCUAUUCUUGUUUGCCGUCCGAUACUUGCUCGCACCUUCAUACAAGCCUCAAAAUGGUAGCUUCGUAAAGCUAUCGGAUGAAGUAAAAAAUGUCAUCAACUUUGCCCAAGAGAUUGACGAGCUUGUUGACGACUGGACACCAGAGCCUCUUGUGGCGGCACAGACACCAUUUGAGGAAGCAGAGAACGAAAAAAGGCCAGUUAUAGUAGGACCCACCGGACCUAAAUCCAAGCUGUCGAAUGGACGAACGGUCACGAAUCUCGCCUCUUACAAUUUCUACAAUCUAGUAGGCAACGAGAGCCUCAAAGAAAAGGCCAUACAGGUUUUGCGUACGUACGGAGUUGGGCCAUGCUCCCCUCCUGGAUUCUACGGGACCCAGGACGUACACAUCAAGACUGAAGCGGACAUUGCGUCGCAUCUUGGCGCUCCAGCCUGCAUCGUCUAUGCUCAGGCGUUCUCUACCAUAAGCAGCGUGAUCCCUGCAUUCAGUAAACGAGGCGAUAUCAUUGUUGCCGACAAAGCGGUCAAUUAUGCCGUUAGAAAGGGGAUCCAGAUCUCCCGGAGCUCCGUGUGGUGGUAUGAACAUAAUGAUCUGGAUGAUCUAAGGAGGGUGCUCGAAAAGGUGGUCAAGGAGCAGGCGAGGAAGCCUUUGACCAGGCGCUUUAUCGUCACGGAGGGUCUGAGUGAAAACGUGGGUGAUCUGCUGGAUCUACCGCAAAUUAUCGCCCUUAAGCUUCGCUAUAAGUUCCGCUUGAUCCUUGAUGAAACUUGGUCGUAUGGUGUCAUUGGUCGCACGGGUGGUGGGAUCACAGAGCAUCAAAAAGUCGAUGCGAAUGAUGUAGAUAUGAUCAUUGGCUCCCUAGCAGGCCCUCUCUGCGCUGGUGGAGGCUUUUGCGCUGGCUCACACGAAAUAGUAGAGCAUCAGAGAAUCUCCGCCGCAGCCUACACUUUUUCUGCUGCUUUGCCGGCCAUGCUUGCAACGACAGCUAGCGAGGUGAUCAGUAUGCUACGAAUGAAUCCGGAUAUGAUCUCGCCCGUGCGAGAAAACAUUAGGAGUAUGUGGACGCAAUUGGAUCCUCGGAGUGAAUGGGUGAACUGCACGAGCUCCCCUUACAAUCCCAUUAUGAUUUUGGCUGUGAAACCAGAGCUGGUAGCCAGCCGCAAGUGGAGCGUUGCUGACCAGGAGCAAAUAUUACAAGAUAUAGUAGACGAGGCGCUGGCAAACAGUGUCCUAAUUACCAGGCUCAAGAGCAUGCCACGAGGGCAGUAUACGGCGGCCAAGAAGGUUGGAUGGGAACUGGAACCAGCGCUCAAGGUCUGCGUCACAUCAGGCCUCACCAAGAAGGAAAUCGAACGUGCAGGUACUACAAUCAGGCAUGCCAUUACUAAGGUCAUGAAGUCCCGUAGGUAA